AUGCCGACUACAUGCCCCAACAUCGUCUCGUUCGCGCUCUCCGGCAACUACGAUGAGACCCGGCCCAUCCUGAUCGAUGCGGCCGAUCCAGCGCGGUCCAUCAACAAGGCCCGCGCAAUCCAACUCAUCGCCAGCCUGACAGGUGCCUUCAAGCCGGGUAGCACAGUCGUGCUCCACCUCACCAACGACAUCACCUAUCCCAUCCUCUACAUGGCCAUCCUUGCCUCUGGAUGCCGAUGGGUAGGGUCAAACACGACAUACACUGCGAGCGAGCUCGAGCACAUCUUCAACACCUCCAAGGCCGAUUACAUCAUCACCGACCAGGAGCAUUUGGAGACGAUUCGCGCGGCGGUGGGCAACAGUGACACUCUCGCCGAGAUGAUCCUCUUCGCGGAUAUCCUCGAGAACCCUCACGCGGAGUGUUUGCCUAGCGCUUCGUCUCCUCUCGACUGCGGCGGGAAGAAUGGUGAAUCGUCCGCAUCCUCGGGACUCGAACUUCACCGCACGGAUUCGUUCAACUUCCGCACUCUCCACGACCUUCAACACGACGGUACACCUGCGGAGCUCUUCGCCGCGCUCGAGACCAUCGACAUUGACUCCACCGCCGUGAUGAUGAGCACUUCGGGCACAACCGGCAUGCCGAAGAUUGCCACCCGCACCCACCGCGCCAUGGUGUUGGAAGCCAUCAACAUUGAGGACAACAACGCCGCAAAACCCUACCCUGUCCGCCGCCUCUUCUGCACGCCCAUCUUCCACGGCUUCUCGGCUCCCGAAAUGCUCAUCAACAGUCUUCGUCUGGGCCUCACCAACUUCUUCAUGAAGCGGUUCAACCCCGUCGUUUUCCCCGAGAACGUCCACAAGUAUGGCAUCACCGAGAUCUUCGCCCCUCCAGCGAUGCUCGCUCUCAUCGUCAACCGGCCAGAGUCCCACGCCCUCGUCCAGACCCUUGAGGCAGUCUACACCGGCGGCGCAAUCCUCAUGCCCGAGCUCCGGAGGCAGUUCCUCGCCCUCUUCACCAGCCCUCCCAUCAUCUUCGUCGUCUACGGCAUGACCGAAGGCGGCUGGUUCUCCGUGAGCAAGUUCCCGCACAACGACAAUACCAACUCCGUCGGCCACAUUGUUCCCGGGACUGAAGUCAAAGUGCUGCACAGUGGCGAACACGCUUCCACUCUCACGGACGGUACGGCGAUUGGUCUCAUCCUCGUCAAGUCGGAACAUCUCAUGACUGGAUAUGAGAGCAAUCCCCAAGCCACGGCUGAGCACUUCCAUGAAGAUGGAUGGCUGAAUACGGGCGAUAUCGGGUACCUCCGCGAUGGCAAGAUCUACCUCGUCGACCGUGCGAAGGAUCUCAUCAAGGUGAAUGGGUGGCAAGUUGCUCCGGCGGAGAUUGAAGAUGCGUUGCUCAUGUCUGCGGAUGUGAAAGAUGCGGGUGUCAUUGGUGUGGGCGAAGGUUUAGAGGAGCAUCCUCUGGCCUUCGUGGUCCGUACUCAUGAGGGUGUCACUGAGGAGGGAUUGAAGGAGCAUCUGCUCACCCGGUUGACGAAGUACAAGGUCAUGUCUACUCGGGUUGAGUUCAUCGAUGCCAUCCCCAAGUCGAUCAGCGGGAAGAUCUUGAAGAAGGACUUGCGUAAGAUGAUGGCGGAUAGGAAGGAGGCUGGUUUGGGGUUGUGUUGA